AUGAAAAACUUCUCCAAAGUGACGUCUCUGUAUCUGUCUGAAUACUAUGGAAUGGAGGACCUGAAGGCUUUGUACUUCUGCAUCUUCCUGGUUAUAUACAUCACCAUCAUCGCUGAAAACUCGGUAUUAAUUUGGGUGAUCUAUCGCGAGAAAAGCCUGCAUGAGCCGAUGUAUGUGCUGCUGUGUAACCUGGCUGUGAACAGCUUGUGUGGAAGCACCGCCUUGCUGCCGGCGCUGCUGGUCAACCUGCUGUCACGCACACACGAGAUAUCUUUAUCUUUUUGCCAGACACAGAUCUAUGCUAUACACACAUAUGCAAUCACUGAGUUCACUAUUCUGGCAGUGAUGAGUUACGACAGGUAUGUGGCCAUUUGUCAUCCCCUGUCUUAUCAUCAAAUCAUGUCACAGAAAGCUCUUAAACUUGUUGUGUUUAUGUGGCUCUACCCCAUGCUGGCAUUCCUCACUGUUCUAGUUUUCACUCUUCGGCUGCCGUAUUGUGGGAGAACCAUAGAAAAGGUGUACUGUAUAAACUACUUGCUGGACCAGACCAGCUGGUGCUGA